AUGGGCGGUAUAGGCAAGACAACCUUGGUGGAAGAAGUUGGUAAGAGAGCAAAUGCAGACGGUCUAUUCGACGAGGUUACAAUGGCAGUUUUCACCCAAACCGCUGACUUGAGUCGUAUUCAAGAUGAAAUUGCAGAGUUUCUUGGUCUAGAACUUACAGAAAAGGGUUUACGUGGAAGAGCAGAUAAGUUACGCAAAAGAUUAUCAGGUACUAAGAGGGUCCUUGUAAUAUUGGACAAUGUUUCUACACAAGUAAAUUUGAAGACAGUUGGAAUUCCAUUUCACUGUGAUAAAAUGAGUUGCAAAGUCUUGGUAACAUCACGAAACCAGGAUAUAUUCAAUGAUAUGGAAACCAAAAAGAAUUUUGCUAUCGAUGUUUUGACAGAACAAGAAGCAUGGGAUCUAUUUAAGGAGAUAGCAGGCAGUUCCAUUGGGUUUAGGGGUGUGUCAGGAUGCAUGAUGUGGUGCGGGAUGCAGUCUUAUCAAUAG